CGUCAUAAGUCAGGAUAUUUCGGAUAUUUGCACGUGUCGAAAAUAUUUUCUUCGACUUUAACAAUUUUUGUGUAAUUUGUUUUCUUUGGGAGUGUCUCAGUCGAUUGAAAAAUGCCAAAAGUAAGGGCAGAAAAGAAAACCAGACAACACCAACAGGUUAAGAACCAAGGUUUGUUUCAGCUGUUUCUAGUAGCUAGCAGUAACGUUAGCUUAGUGCGAGUCGGAGCUAGCCAGUGGCAGAGACGUUUUUAGCAAACGUUAUCUAGCCAGCCUGUUAUGGCUAUCUAUCUAGGUUAGAAAGCAGAUACAAUAUCAUUAUUGAUCUGGCGUGAUUUAUUUGUUAACCGUGCGUUGGUAUCUACUAAAUCACGCCAGAUAGAUAUUAUUUAAUUCAUUAUGUUAACAGCAUCAUGAUAAACUGUUAAUGUAAAUGUGUUUUAGGGGUCAUGUUCAACACUGGCCUUGGUCAACACAUCUUGAAAAACCCACUGGUAGUCAAUGGGAUCAUUGAAAAGGUAAUGUACUGGUUGUAACCACUGUUUACCAUUGGUAAGGGUCAAGGAUCACAACCCCCCCCCCCCCCCUUCUACAAUUUUCAUAAGCAUGCACAGAAAUGCCUUAACAUUUUCAAGCAGCUGUACCCUCUCUGGUCAACAUUACAUGAUAUUGAUAGGAUGGCUCACUGACUGACACUGAUAUCACUGUUGGCAGGCUGCUCUCAGGCCGACAGAUGUGGUGUUGGAGGUGGGACCUGGUACAGGAAACAUGACUGUCAAACUGCUGGAGAAAGCCAAAAAGGUGAGAUAUGCAUUCUUACUGUCAGUGAAUGUUUGUAGCUAAAGGCUUAUUUGAGGCUUCUGGUACUAAUUGUUGCUUUCAUCUUCCCCUUGUCUGAAGGUAGUGGCCUGUGAGUUGGACGGUAGGCUGGUUGCUGAGCUCCAGAAGAGAGUGCAGUGCACGUGAGUACAGUACUUGUGUUAACUUAGCUAGCGAGAUACUCCCCUUUUAAGGAAUUGAAAAUGUAUUAGUUGAAAGUGUGAUAGUGACAUCUGUGUUCAUUUUAUGUAAUAGGCCCAUGCAAACCAAACUACAGAUCUUGGUGGGGGAUGUCCUGAAAACAGAGCUGCCUUUCUUUGAUGUCUGUGUUGCCAAUUUACCUUACCAGGUAAAACUCCUCACCCUCAGUAACCAACACGGACCCAGUUCAGUAACAUAAUUUUGACAACAAUACCUACGGAAACAUGUUUCUUUGUUGUUUUGCAGAUUUCAUCACCUUUUGUCUUCAAGUUACUUCUGCACAGGCCUUUCUUUAGGUAAGAGAUAAGAGAAGCUGGCUGGUUCCAGAGCUGCAAAACUCCCCCGAUACUGUCAUAUACUUUUUUUUACUUCCAUUAGUACACUUGGGGGCCAAAUGUCAACUUCAAACAGGCAUGGGUCAACCAGACUGUUGUGUAAAUCAUGCAUUAUUAUCAAUGUGAGAUAUGUAGGGACAUUUGAGUGAUGUGCAUGGACAUCAAGUUGGGAUUUGGCCAAAUUGAAGUGUCUUAUGCACAGUGUACACAGUACAAUGAAAUGCUUACUCGCAAGCUCUCCUCAGAAACAGUGCAACAACUAAAAUGACAGCUAAAACCAUUUGAUGUCUUGUCAGAUGUGCAGUGCUGAUGUUCCAGAGAGAGUUUGCCAUGCGUCUGGUUGCCAAGCCUGGAGACAAGCUGUACUGCAGGCUGUCCAUCAACACUCAGCUGCUGGCUCGAGUAGACCACCUCAUGAAGGUCAGUGGGAUCUCUUGGAUGCGUCCCAAAUGGGCUCUGGUCAAAAGUAGUGCGCUAUAAAAUAGGGAAUAGGAUGCCAUUUACAUUUAGGGACAGAGCCAUUGACUCAGCCAUGAAACUGGCAUUGUGCAUGCGGACUGUUGUGGUUUCUCAGCUAUGUUACUACCGUUGCUUAAUUCUUAAUUCUAAUUUCUCUUGCUCAGGUGGGGAAGAAUAAUUUCCGUCCUCCUCCUAAAGUGGAGUCGAGUGUUGUCAGAAUAGAGCCUAAGAACCCACCACCUCCUGUUAACUUCCAGGUAAGUGUUAGUUAUGUGAAGGUGAUUGUAUAAGAGAGACAUGGAUCACUGUCACGUACAUGGGAAACCUAGGUGUUAAAAUGUUCUGCUGCACAGUAGUUAUUGUAAUCAGGGGUAUGUAAUCUUUCUUCCAACAGGAAUGGGAUGGUCUCGUCAGAAUCGCAUUUGUGAGGAAAAACAAAACCCUCAACGCAGGUUUCAAGUGAGUAACAAAACAAAGGAUAUUCAAAUCAUAGUUGGUCAUAUCCUGUCAGCAUCCAAUGGUUAUGUGACAAGCUAUAGACUGAAGAUGAUGGUUCUUUCCAGGUCCACUGCAGUUGAGCAGCUGUUGGAGAAGAACUACAGGAUUCACUGUUCAGUACACAACGUGGUAAGCACACACACCUCAUGCCAGUAUUCAAUGCCGUUUCUGCAGUCUAUAUAUUUUCACAUUCUGGAUGUGGUUGGGUGAUUUAUUACUAGUUAACAUGAGUCAUUACAUUUGUUUGUUUCUGGAACAGGAAAUCCCAGCAGACUUCAGCAUCACCAAGAAGAUUGAGAGUGUUCUGCAGGAGGCUGAGUUUAGUGAGAAGCGAGCCAGGAGCAUGGACAUAGAUGACUUCAUGGUGUAAGUGGAGCUGGACUAUUCUACUUAUGUUUGCAGUUUAUUUUCUUUAAUGUUAACUUGGUUGUUUUAUUGGAGAUUCUUCAUGUCAUAACUUUCAUAAUCUGUCUUCUGUCCAGACUUCUUCACGCGUUCAACUCUGCUGGGAUCCACUUUUCAUAACCGGACAGUAGACAGCUAUACUGUACAGCUGAGGACUAGGUGUAGGAACGCAAUAUGGUGGAAACCUGUCCAGGUUUUAAACCUCCAGUGUUCUUUAAGGAACAGAAACUGGAAGCGUUUAUGGAUUGAGACAACCAUGGUUACACAUCCGAGUCAUGUGAUUGUUGGAUGAUGACUACUCUCACUGGCUAGAGGAAUGCAGCAAGACACCUCAGACUCACCCCCUGGACUACCUUCAUCAUGCCUUUUCUAUGAACAUGAGCUGGUGAUCAGUGAAAUUACAUUUGUUUUGCUGAAAUGUACAUAUUUAAUAAGCGGUAACAUGUAUAGCUAAUGUUCAUACAUAAAACAGGUGAUACAAGUACCUGUUGUGGUGUGUUCUAUGCACUAGAAAGUAUAGUUGGU